UUUGCUGUUUUCUUUGAAGCAAGGCUUGCAAGGGCAGCUACCAAAACUUGGAAAUUACGUUUUGUUGUCGCCAUCUCGAAAAAUAAUCGCUUACGAGUUGAGAGCUAUUUGUAAGAACAAGAAUAUUAAAAUAAAAAAAGCUUUUGAAUGGAUCAAGUUGCAAGCACCAGUGAUGAAAAUUCUGGACGAAAAUUACUUCCUGUUGCAUCAGGAGUUGAAACUGGAGGUCUUGAUAAUCCAUGUUCUGUUUCGGUUGAUGAUGAACAUGGUUCAACCAAUACCAACCACAUUAAGCACAUACCAACAGGCAGUGAACGAACCCCCCUGAUUCGACCAAGAAGAUCAACUGAUGUCACAGAUGAUACCAAUAGCGACAGUGGAUUACCGACAAUGCGGUAUGGGUCUAUUCCUGGUCGACAAGCACCACGCUUGGAGGCUAAACCAGGAAUUAUUGCAAGAAUUGACAAAACAUUAUCACAACCAACAACUAGUGUUAUAGCAAUGUUGUUGAUUGUGGUUCUUGGCAUUGCCCUGACUUUUGCAGCAAAUCUAAACACUGACCGUCAGGCAGGACAAAUAAAACCCCAUCAGGUUUUGAUCUACAUGAUGCUGUUAAUUUCUGUAUUUGUGGCAUGGAUGUGUUUCGCCGUGGUGCCUCAAACGCCCCAUUACUCACGCAGACGGGAUGGAACAUUGAUACCCAGGCAUCUGUUAACAGGCGUCGCCAUCUUUGGAACAGUCAGCGCCACUACACAAAUUCUCCUUUUCGUGGAUUUUAUAAAAUGUAGCAAGCAUGUUGAAGGUCUGAGUUACGUCUUUGCAGUGUAUCCUUUCUUCAAGAUUGCUUUCAUUUACUUCCAAAUGUAUUUUUUCUACAAGCUCUCUCGUGACAGCAUUCAUCACAACAGUCUUCCCGGUGGCGUUUUCUUUGUCAUGGUAACCUUAGCAACCAACCUGACCAUCUGGGCGUCGGUAUUUUUCAACGAUGCAACGGGCGCCGCAAAAUUGAGUAAUGUAUCGUGGUUGAAUCAUUACUAUUUUGGCAUAGAAAAACAUGAUCUUUGUGCUAAUGAAAACCUCACAAGCCCAGCGUCACGAGAACUCCACAAUCUUCUUAGCAACUUUGCACCUUACAUCAGCACCUUUUCAAUGGAAUAUGCUCUGCUUGCAUCCGGUUUGUUGCUAGAUGUUUGGCUGGUCAUAAAGAAACCUGAAACCCACGUACCCAAACCCCAAAAACAGCAGUGGACACUCUGGCGUUUUGGUUUCAUUUUAGGACUUCUUGCAAUUCCUGUUGUGUUUGUGGCUUACAUGAAAGAACAGAUUGCAAUAGAUUUUACUGCCCCUAAAGUGAUACUCUACGUCCUGAAGAGCUUGUUCUUCCUUGCGAUGAUGUACUGCUGUUUUAAAUGCACAAGUCUUUUAAAUGAAAAGUCAGGUUUCGUGAAGAAAGACAAGCAAACCAAACUGGAAAUAUAUUUGUUGGGUGUCUCAGCCUUACUUGGAUUUCCAGCAUUCGAUAUGGCUUCCACGGUUGCAGCCAUUUGUGAAUGGCGAAAUUUUCCAAUACUUUAUGUUCUCUGGAGUGGUAUUGCUUCUAUGUUUGAGCUCUUUGCAAGUUGUGUCCAGUUUUACUUCAUCAGAAAAGCCUACCAGUACAAGCUUCCUAAGGUCGCAGAUACCAAAGCUAACAAAGCAUCUAAGUUUAUCCGACAGUAUGCCUCAUUUGCUCUUGUCAUGAACAUCAGUUACUGGGCUUCAAAGACCUAUGAGCUCAGGCAUACUUCGGGAGACACUGUAAUUGCUGAACAGUUUUUUGGCAAGUACACUUGGUUUGGUCUGAGCCAUUUCUCCUUACCUCUUUGCAUUUUUUUCUACUUCCAUAUUGCAACUUGUUAUGCAAAUGUUGUGUCUAUCUUCAGUCAAUUUGGUCCGCUCUGGUUAAAAGAAGAUAAUCGGGAUGAUUAAUAUGGAAGCUAGUCGUGAACUUUAAUGGAUUUUUGAACUUUAUAACUCGAAAUAUAGUUUAGUACAGCCUAGUGAUUCAGAUGAUUAUACAAUGUGUAUACAUAAUAAGUUUAUGAGAGCUUAAUCUUGUAAAAUACGUAAUAAUGUCUCGCGCUUAUGAAAGCGACGGAUCACAGAGGGACGGACGCGCACGCAAAACACAAUAAACGUGCGCAAAAAUUCGCAUAAAUUCCGCUCUAGGGAUCUUCUCCCGGCCGGAACUCCGAGCUCUCGGCCAGAACAUGGCGGGGUUACGCGCGAACAAUGAAAUUUGUAAAUUUCGUAACUUGUUUCAUUUUCGUGUUAUGUAACAAGAAACUCUAUUUCUUGGAAAUUUUGAAUGAAACGUUAUAAUUUUAGUGCCUAAACACG